AUUUCUACUCUCUUUGCCUCUCCCUAUGUCUCUCUGUCUCUCUCUUCGAUUCCCCGGGAAACUCUACAGGCUACAGCCAUCCCCAAAUCCCAAGUCUGCAACACUGCCAGGAUCAGCAUAACCAGCAGCUCUAGUUCUCUCCGAUUUUGAGCUCGCAAGGGCACUGCAAGAUCAUGCAGUGCCCAAUGGAUGCUACAGACAGCAAAGCCUCCGUGGUUAUAAAGUUCCACAAAAUUGUGAAUGAGACCAGUUCCCACUCUUCUCUAUCGCAUCCAGCAACGAAUCGCUCACAACGCCAUUGCUUUGGAAAUGAAGCCACAGAGCGAUGCUCCCUCACUGCAAACCCGUCCAUUCUCCUCCAUGUGCUCUCAUCCUAUGAGCUGGACCCUAAAGAUCUGGCUGCCUUGGAGGCUACAUGUAAAUUCUUCAGGAACCCUGCAAGCUUCCAACCAGACGUUGAGCUGUCUCUUCCAGAACUUGCAGCAUUUGAUAUGUGCCGUCAAAAGGCCAUGUUUAGGCCAAUGAAGCGUGAGGAAAAGGAGCGGUUGAAGCAGCGGUGUGGGGGCUCUUGGAAGCUUGUCCUUAUGUACAUGUUGGUUGGUGAGAAGAAUUACCGCCGUGAGAAAUCUCAGGUUAUUGCUGGACCAGGCCACAGCAUUGUUGUCACAACAAAGGGGGAUGUGUAUUCAUUCGGCGCAAAUUGCUCAGGGCAGCUUGGUCUUGGGAAUACAGAAGACCAGUUCAAGCCAUGCCUUAUUAGGUCUCUGCAAGGCAUCAGAAUCAUACAAGCUGCGGUUGGGUCAAGGCGGACAAUGCUUGUGAGCGACACGGGACAUGUGUACACAUUCGGACAGGAUAUUUUCGGGGGUUUGGAAUUCUUUGGGACUGCUGACGUUAAUUACACUAGCAGUCCUAAGUUGGUGGAAUCUCUGAAAGGUAUCUUUGUAGUUCAAGCAUCAAUAGGAGGCUACUUCUCUGCAGUUCUGUCUAGAGAGGGUCAGGUUUAUACUUUCUCUUGGGGACGUGAUAAAAGACUUGGGCAUAGUUCAGAUCUUGCUGAUGUUGAGCCUCGUCUUCUCUCUGGACCGCUUGAGGAUGCUCUUGUUGUGCAGAUUGCUGCCGGCAAUUGCUAUCUCCUUAUGUUGGCCUACCAACCGACUGGGAUGUCAGUUUACUCGGUAGGCUGCGGUUUAGGAGGCAAGCUUGGACAUGGAUGCAAGAUAAACGAGGGGAUCCCAAAGUUGAUUGAACAUUUUCAGGCACUGGAUAUAAAGCCAUUGUCAAUUUCAGCAGGCACUUUCCAUGCUGCAGUUCUGGGUUGCGAUGGCCGUGUAUUCACCUGGGGGUGGAGCAACUAUGGUUGUCUGGGACAUGAUGAUGAAAAAGAAUGCAUGACCCUCCCCACGGCAGUGGAAGGCUUGAGGGGUGUGAAGGCUAUGCACGUCUCAGCUGGCGAGUACACCACCUUCGUCGUCGCAGAUAAUGGUGACGUCUACUCCUUUGGGUGGGCGGAUUCAUCUAAUCUGGGUUUUCAGGCUGACGACUCAGAAAAUGCAGAUGUCCGAACUCCCAAGCUAGUGACUUCAUUUGUUGUGCUAGACGAAAAGGUUGCGCAGAUUAGCGCAACAAACACUUGGGAUUGGCUUAACGAAGAUAUGUGUAGCUCUCAUACAAUCGCCCUCUCAGAAUCCGGUAAGUUGUAUUCCUUUGGGGGAGGUACCAAAGGCCAGCUUGGUGUCAAGCUUGCUGAGGGCCAAGAAACACGGCCUACCCCAGCUCGUGUCGCCAUUGAUCCCAUCUAGUCCCUCCAGCAUGUACCUUCAACAUUUUCCAUCUCCCAUGGUAGCUGCUGGUGGUGUUGGAACUGCGAAAUGCCUUCUGAAACGCUUUAGAAUGUAAAAUAUUAGGAACAUUUAGUUCUUAUUAGAGUCUGGACUAUAUAGGUUUCGCGGUGGCCUCUCUUUUGGACAGUGGACAGAUUAUGCCAUGACUUCUGGUUGGUUUCAGUUAACUGAUCCUAAGUUGGAUUGGAAUGACAAUUGUUCAUUCUUA